GCAUCGAGGUUUGCCGGCACCAGCGUGCUGCGGUACCCUAGAGAUGGCGUCUCGUAGCCGGAGACCCGAGCACAGCGGACCGCCAGAGCUGUUUUAUGACCAAAAUGAAGCCCGGAAAUACGUUCGCAACUCACGGAUGAUUGACAUCCAGACCAGGAUGACUGAGAGGGCCCUGGAGCUCCUCUGUCUGCCAGAGGGUCAGCCUUCUUAUCUGUUGGACAUUGGCUGCGGUACUGGACUGAGUGGAGACUAUAUCUCAGAGGAGGGGCACUAUUGGGUGGGCAUUGACAUCAGCUCUGCCAUGUUGGAUGCUGCCUUGGACCGAGACACAGAGGGAGACCUGCUGCUAGGGGACAUGGGCCAAGGAGUCCCUUUCCGACCAGGUUCUUUUGAUGGCUGCAUCAGCAUCUCAGCUGUUCAGUGGCUCUGCAAUGCAAACAAGAAGUCAGACGUCCCUGCCAGGCGACUCUACCGCUUCUUCUCUUCUCUGUACUCUGCCCUCGUCCGUGGGGCCCGAGCUGUUCUGCAGCUGUACCCUGAGAACUCGGAGCAGCUGGAGCUGAUCACAACCCAGGCCACGAGGGCAGGCUUCACCGGCGGCGUGGUGGUGGACUUCCCCAACAGUGCCAAAGCAAAGAAGUUCUACCUCUGUCUUUUUUCUGGGCCUUCCACCUCCCUGCCAAAGGGGCUGACUGAAAGUCAGGAUGCAGACCAGGCCACCGAGUCCGCCUUCACCAGUGAAAGGGCUCCACACAAGAAGGCACGGCGGGACCUGGUGAAGAAGAGCCGCGAGUGGGUCCUAGAGAAGAAGGAGCGGCGCAGGCGCCAGGGCAAGGAGGUCAGACCUGACACCCAGUACACAGGCCGCAAGCGCAAGCCCCGUUUCUGAGGGCGCUUCAUCUAAUCAAGGGGAGUCUGGCCACCCACACCUGCAUCCAGUCCUGCAGGCGGCCCUGGCCACCCACACCUGCAUCCAGUCCUGCAGGCGGCC